AUGUGUCACAACGUGGCGAACCCACACCAGCUGCCCGACGACAGCUUCGCCGCCGAGGCGAGUGAUGGCGCACCGCUUUCGAGUUACCAUCGGGCGCAGGAGAUAUCCACCAUAGUGUCAGCGCUGGCGCAUGUCAUGGCUUCCGAGCGCAGGCCGCGGCCGGUUGGGAUGGCGGUGGACUCCGUGUCGGUCGUCUCUUCCUCGUCUUCCUCCUCCUCCUCCUCCUCAUCUUCGCUGUCCUGCAUCUCUUCUUCGUACUCGUCCCCGUCUCUGGGCGGUCAAGGUGGCGGCGCAAGCAGUCAGAACCGGACGAGACGGGUGCCGUCGCCGCCUGACUUGGCGUUGAGGCACCAUCAAGGCCUUGGCGAGUUCGCACGCUACCGAGGCGACGCAUCACCAGACGUUGCAGUAACAGAGCAGUAUCCACAAGGAGGCCCUCUGCCAAUACUAGGAUACCCUGUUCCUGCAGCAGCCAUGGAAGAGCCCUCCCCUGCUUCCUCCAACCCGGAAGAGGCGGAGAGAAGCGAGCCGAGAAGGAAGUACCGCGGAGUCCGCCAGCGGCCGUGGGGAAAAUGGGCGGCGGAGAUCCGGGAUCCCCACAAGGCGGCGCGGGUGUGGCUGGGCACGUUCGAGACUGCCGAGGAGGCAGCGCGGGCGUACGACGCAGCCGCCCUCCGCUUCCGUGGCAGAAGAGCCAAACUCAAUUUCCCGGAGAACGUCCGACUGCAGCCGUCGCUCUCCGUCCCGCUUGCGACGUCCAAUUCCCCUGCCACCACGUCGGAUACCAUAACCGAUUACUUGGCGUACACGAGGCUGUUGCAGGGGGGCGAGGAGCACCCGAGGAUCCCUCCGACGAGUCUCUUGGAUCAGUACAUGUACUCCAAUUACGCUUCGCCCAUGUGUUCGACUGUGAACGACGGCAGUUCUUUACCUGCUCCCUCCAUCCCUACCUACUCCUCCGUUGUAUCUUCAUCAUCAACUCCGUACUCUCCAUUCUAUGCUUCGAGCACGACGGAGCAGCAGACGAACUGGAGUGGAGUGUCGGAUAUUCCGGAGACAUCAUGGAUGGGUUCCAGCCAGUUUCCUCCAUCUUCUUCAGGCAGCUGAAGCAGGUCCAUUGGUUCUGCUCCAGUGUUCUUUCUCGCCUUCUUUUCUAUCUUUACACACAGUAGACUGUUUCCAUCUUCUUCUUCUUCUUCGUCUUCUUCUUCUUCUUCUUUUCGGUGGCUGAUAGCAAAUAAUCAAUGUAUUUUUCUUAUUUG